AUGAAUAGAAUUGAUGAAUUGAGAAAGGUUAAGUUUACAAAUAAAUUGGAGCAAUUUUUAUUAAAAAAGAGAAGAGCUAAGACUAAUUUAGAAGAGUAUUAAAUAAGAAAACAAAGUAUUUUUAUGAAAUAUAAAGAAUAAUUAACAUAUACUCCUUAAAAUAAUAAAGAUUAGAUUUGUAGUCUAUGCCAUUCUUUUUAUGUCAAUUAUGUAACAACAAUUUUUUAACAUAGUUGUUGUUAAAAAUGUUUAUUUGACCAUCUACUUAAAUGUCGCGUAUUAUAAUUUAUAAGAAAGUAUAGAAAAAAUGCCCAAUUUGCAGAAGAGAGUUCAAAGAAGAUUUUUCUUAUCCUUGUCUUUCCAUUGAUUACUGGAUAGGGAUUGCUUAAAAGAAUAAUAAAGAUUAUGAAGUUAAAUUAUAAGAGAUAUCAUUAUGGAAAGAAAGAGGAAAAGUAAAAGAAUUUAAAGUAGGGAUGAGAUUAGAUAUUCUUGACACAGUUUUUAUUUGGUGUAUAGGUGAAAUAAAAGAAAUAAGAUAUGGAUAAAAUGAUAAACCUAAAUAAGUAUUGAUUCAUUAUAUUGGAUGGGAUAAAGUUUAUGAUGAAUUAAUAGAUGUGGAUAGUUUCAGAUUGGCUCCUUAAGGAAUUAACACUUCACAAAAGAGUAUAUCAUAAUUUUAAUAAAAAAUAGAUGUUAUAUAAUAUUAAUAAUCUAAUGUAGAGACAUUAUAGAGAAGUUUAAAUGUGAGUUAGAAUACUAAUGUAAGAGAGAUAAAUCAUAGAUCACUAAUUAUGUCUCUUGCUAGUUAAUUCUUAUCAUUUAGAAGUGAUCUUUUUAAUAAUUAAAAUUGA